AUGUUCGAUGGUUCAGAAAGUAUAGGAGGCCCCAUCACGAAGUUCGUUGAAACAGGGAUCCGCGUGUCAGAGGAGGACGAAGUUCGUGUGAUUCGCUUGGAUGUCACGAAGUUGUGUGAUGCAGAUGUGGUGAUAGGAUGGGAAUGGAUGAAGAAGGCGGGAGUGGUCCUGGAUGUUAGGAGAGAGGUGAUAGAGAUCCCGGGUAGACAGAGAAGAGAGGAGAAGAAAUUAGGAGCAGUUUUUGGAUUCAAGGAAGGAGAAGUUUUAGGGCCUAGAGACUCGGCGUUGGAAGACGAACUUAGUGAGGAAGAACAAGAAGAACUGUUGGAGGAUUUGCUUGGGGAAGGGGUCAUAGUCUACAUCGACGACAUUCUGAUUUAUGCUAAGACUAAGGAGGAACUUAGAAGGUGCACGGUAAAGGUAUUUCAAAGACUUAGGGAAGCUAAAUUAUUUGUGAAGGCGGCUAAGU